UGUCAGGCGAGCCACAAGGACCGGUCUAGAAACUACUGCAUUUAAAUAUAUUAUUAUGGAAGUGUUACCCACAUAUAUGGAUGUGGAACACAGUAGAGCGUACAUUGACCAGUUAUAUUCAAAUGACUCACAGAAAUGCUUCCAGGCAGUAAGUGAAUUAAAGUUUGCUGUGAUUGGGAGUGUUCGUGAGAAAGGGUCCAUUAUUGAACAAGGAGUAGUAGUGCGAUUACUACAAAUCUUGCGUGCACCAGACUUGGAUAUCCUGCUCAAGACAGAAGUUGCCACAGUCCUGAACUCAUUGGCCAAAGGUCUUCCUGAACAUGCAGCAUCUCUUGUACAAGCAGGAUUGUUGCCUGUCCUUUGGGAACAACUUGAAGCAUGUGUAGGAGGAAGUGGCACAAGUGCAUAUACUCAGAUGAUCCUUUGCUGUUUGAGAUCAGUGUAUCGACAGGGGUGCGCACCUCCUCCGCCAUCCUGGGAUCAUAAGCUUCUUACCACACUUAUACAGCAUGGUUAUCACCCACCUUGCAACCAGGAGUGUGUUGCCAACAUCCUUGCUCAUGCCUGCAAGGUAUCCAGGACAUGUGAGCAGCAACAACAGUUGGUUGAUGCAGGAGGAGCUGAUUUAGUUGCCUGCAUGUUGUGUUCCCCAGUCUCCAGAGUGCAGCUUCCUGCUUUACACUGUUUGGCUGCCAUGUGUUACAACAAUGAAAGAGUAUCAUCCAUUAUAGCCACCAAAAGUUAUGGGGGGAAGGCUGUGCCAGACCUGCUAGUGGGACUGAUGGCUAGGGAUCGACCUCAGGACAUGCAGCUUGCUGCAGCCACCUCACUUACAUUUUUACAUCGUUCUGGAGCACUUUCAGCAGAUGACCCGAAGAUCAUAUUUAAGACAUUACAGUGUUUGGUACGAAUGUGUCGACGUGACCGAGAAGUUUGGGAACGGGUGGAGGCAGCCAACACGUUGGCGUAUCUAACAGAAGUGAGCACAGAACUGCAGAGAACAGCAGCCAUGACAGAUCAUCUGAUAGACACAAUGAAUGAUUACCUAAAAGAUACUACUUCAUCAACUGGUGCCAGUGUGCCCCAGGGAAUCUGUGGCUCACCUAUUUCUUGUCGACAAUAUGAUAAUCCGAGCACCUGGCCUGAGUUGAUGUUAGAAGCUGCUCUUAAGGUAUAUGCAUCUCUAAGCGCAAACGAUGAAGAUAUUCGACAAAGAGUCAUAAAAACUGAUGGUCUCAUGAACACCAUAGUCACAUCUCUCUCUGCAGCAUGCCCACCAGUCCAGCUGGCAGCAGUGAGGUGUCUACACUCCCUCUCAAGAUCUGUGCACACUAUCAGAACAACUUUUCAGGAUCACAUGGUGUGGAGACCUCUUAUGACAGUGCUGAAAACUUCCAACAAUGAAGAAUUAGUUACUGUGGCCUCCUCCACACUGUGCAAUCUUCUUCUUGAGUUUUCACCUUCUAAGGAGCACAUUCUGGACCAGGGAGCUGUGGAGUUUCUUUGUGGACUAACAAGACGACCACACCCAGGACUCAGACUAAAUGCUGUAUGGGCUUUGAUGAAUAUGGCCUUCCAGGCUGAGCACAGAGUAAAGGUUUCCAUUUUACAUCACCUUGGAACAGACCAAAUAUUUCGUCUGUUGUCAGAUACAGAUGUGCACAUCCUCAUGAAAACAUUAGGACUUCUACGUAAUCUUCUCUCCACCAAAGGGCACAUAGACCAAAUUAUGCAGUGUCAUGGAAAAGAAAUAAUGCAGGCCAUCAUUCUGAUUCUUGAAGGUGAACACUCAGCAGAAGUUAAGGAACAAGCACUCUGCAUCUUAGCUAACAUUGCUGAUGGAGACAUAGCCAAGUCUGCCAUCAUGUCAAAUGAAGAUGUCCUCAAGAAGCUAAUGAAUUAUAUGGUUAUACCAAAUGUAAAACUACAAAUAGCAGCAACUUUUUGUAUAAGUAAUCUCAUCUGGAAUGUGGAAGAAGGUGCAGCAGAAAGACAAAACAAGCUACGCGAGAUGGGUGUUUAUAAAUUACUACAAAACCUCAUGACAACAACUGAUACAGCAUUAUUUGACAAAGUGAAAAUAGCGUUGCAGCAGUUUCACUAAGUAUGGGAUUUUGGGUAUAGAUGAGUACUACAGAAUAGAUAAGUAUGGUUUUGAUAAACUGUAUUGUAUAGUGCUUGUGAUACCCAUAGUAUAUACAAGGAUUCUUUUAGGUUGUUUAAAUUUAACCCAAGCUACAAUAGUGAGGCCAUAGUUUAGAUAAAUUAUUAUAUUCUUGUGUAUAGUUUCCUUCACUUAUUGUGGGAAUGAAGUUUUUCAUUUAAUAUGAAAAGUUUGUCAUCCAGUGCUCAUGGUGUAUGUAAACAUGUACAUAUUUAUUAUUGUUAAGGAGGAGAAAUAGAUAAUAAUAUUUAAGUGAUAACAUUUUUAUCUUUAUUUUUGUGAAUGCAUGUAAAAAGGAAAUUAUGGGAAUUACAAAGCAAUAUGUAUAGUUAGUGUUGCUUGUUUAUAUUUUAGUUUUAGGAUUUGAGAAUUUUUGUUCAUGCAAUGCUAAAUAAAGUACAGUAUACCAAUUAUCACAUAUUGUGCAGGACUCCACUUUUAGUGUGGUUUUGGUUGUUUUAGGAUUGUAUGAAUAAGAAGUGUUAAUUCUGACAAACCACAGUGCAGAAGUAGAAUGAAAAUUGUGUGCUAUAUUUGCUCAUUUGAAAAGAUAUACUUUCAGACUGUUUUCAAUUCUUAUAUUUUUUCUGCCUCACUCCUGGUCAUUAUGGUACAGUAUAUGCCUUGUAGGUCUAUAUUGGCUCUGAGGCUAGACAGAUUAUCCCUUUAGUAAGUUAAAGAAUUUUAAAAUGAGUGUACAUGCCCCGUAUCAACUUUUCUCAGCUGUAACACAUAUUGAACUCCCCAGUCUUGCCUCUACCUUAGGUCAUCAGUGCCCUCACAUUAUACCUUGGCUGCCCAAGAAUCCUUUUUGACAGUGAAUAAUCUGAAUUAUAUCUCUUACCAUACCCUCUUUAGCCCUUCAGUGUUGACUUUAACCAUAACAUUUUUUUAUUGGAUUUUUAGAGACAACCUUUCUUGUUUUUCAUUGCAUACAUGAAGUCUAGUAUUCAAAUUAAGCAGUGACAAUUAGGUUUGCUUCUUUCUCACAUAUCCUUUAACAUUUUAAAUUUAAUGUUGCCUGAUUCUACGGCUGAUGUGGGGCGUGAGGUUCCUACUGUAGAAGAGAUACCCAUGUCAUUAUAACAUAACCUAUUAGGGGACCUAAUAGAUUCUAUUCUCCCAUUCAUGAUCAUUAUCAAAGUCAUCUUUAUAUGUUUUGAUAUAGGGUAUAUGUAUAUAAUGCAGCAGUAGUUAAGAGUACAGAUGUUAAUAUGAGUUUGACUUUAAGUCCUGUUUUAUAUGAUUCUUUUACUGAGAAUUGAAGUGUGCUUGUUCCAACUCUUCAGUAUGGAUAUGAAUGUAAACCAUUUCUGUGGCACAGAUAUCAAAACUGUGAUCAGUAGAAGUGAAUAAUCUAUUCAGUACAGUAUUAUAGAACGGAGAGAAUUGAUAAAGUAAUGAAUGUGAGAAUGCUUUGGAACAUUUGGAUGAAAAUAUAUUGAGAUGAUAUAGUCAUUUAGAUUUCAUGAUCAAUAGGCUGUUGUGCAUGAUUUAUUGUAGUAUAGGGGUAGGUAGGAGGGGGGAAGAUGUAGACUGCAUUUAUAAUGAUGUGCUUCAAUAACUGAGAUAGGAAAUCCAGGAAUAUGCUUGGGGAGUGACAAAGAGACUGUGCACCUUACAAAAGAAUUGUGUAUGAAUGUAAAACGAUGAGGACAAAUAGAAAUCUAACUAAAACCAAUUGGCAAAUAGUAGUCCACACUGUCUUAACAUUUUUGGAAGGUUAAUUGAUUUGAGUUGAAUUUUUACUUAUAUGGGUCAGCGCUCCUGUUGACACUGUUUUGUUGGAUUUGUAACUAAUACAGCUCUAGUUAAAAUGGAGAAAUUGAUGUUGAUUUACCUUUGUUCAGGUACUCAGAUGGAUUUCUCAUAAAGUAGAAUUAUAGUUGUUCUUGAGCAUUUUUUCUAAUGCUAAAAUAAAAGUGCUAUUGAUUGUUCACAUAAUUAGUUGGUUUCUAUUGUCUUCUAUCCUUAGUACUAGUAUGUUGUUUUGAAUUAAAAGAUUACCUCAUUCUCUUGAUUAAAUAAGAUGCAUGUAUCUAACUUAAUUCAAAAUUACUUUGUAAUUUUAUCUGUACCAUUCCUUAGAGCAGAACUGCUUCAUCCUGUGUGGUAUCUUUAUUUUCUCUUCUUCAGAUGUUUUUUUCCUUAGUUGUAGUAAUUGGGUCCUUCAGGAGGAACUUAGCUUCUAACUUAAUGUUAGCUAUAGUAAAACUGUGAUUUUGGUUUGGGUUUUGAUUAAAUGAAAUACUGUAAUAAAAUAACAGGAUGUGGUCUUGCUUUCUCACUUGUACUGUAAAGUCCUUCUUCCUUCCUUUAGCUUUGCUUUCCUACCAAGCAUUUAUCAUGACUGCACAAAUAACAAAGAAGCAAAACAGUUUGUAGUGCAAAACUUUUUUGUUUCAAUUUGGGAGGGCCAUUAGGGUGUUUCAUGCCAGGUCUUGACCCAUGGUUCCAUUUUCAGACUACAACACAUUCAAAAAAAUUAUUAGUAUACAUUCUUAUUUAGUUACAGUAUUAGAAAUUCCUGCAAAUUAAUUUUGGUGACCACUUUAAGACAUUCUACAGUAGUACACUAUGUAUAAGAUGAUUAUUAUGUCAUUAUUCUGUCUCAUGCUUAGCUUUCUUAAUAAAUUAAAUUCGAAAAAUUACAUUAUUACACCAAACUUAUUUCACAUGAGCUGGAAUUUCUAGUAGAAUCCUCCUUACACUGUCUGGGUAUUGGUGAGUGAGUUAUACAAAGAGUUAAAUAUUUUAUUAACUAUCUGUGUGGAGAAAUCUUAGUGCACAGUUAGCGACUAAAGAUCCAGCUGUGAGUACCUCUAGAAGGUGCUGUGUCUUGGUACACUUGCCUAGAUCUGGAAACCACCUUUGGAGGUGUCAAUAUGGUCAGGCAGUAGAUCAGAGAGAAGAAAGUGCCAGAGGUCUCCAUUUUUUUUUCUCUCUCUGGCGCUUUAUCCACUAUGGUCGUACGUGCCUUACAUGUUCAGCAGCCUCCUUCCCACUCUUUUUCUUUAUUGAAGGGAUAAUAUGUAUAGUGAGGGACCUUAUGUAAGUUCAUGAUCUAGUACAUUUGAGGAAGAAUACAGUAUAUAAAGUACAGGUAUACCUUUUUUUAGAAUUUAUUGCAAUACACCAAGUUAACAUGUUUUAAGAAGUGAGAUGACUUAAUUUAGGAAAGUAAACAGUGAGUGCAAAGAAGUUAAGAAAUGUAUUCCAGAUGAUCUGCAGUGUCGGUACAGUACAUGUGAACAGUAUUCUUUGCGUGUCCACUUUUUAUCCCAGUGUUUGCUUCUCAAGCUUCAGAUCAUUUCACUUCUUAUAUAGCUAUUAAAAUCAGGAAUUGUAUUUAUUCAUAGGUUGGAAAUGUUAAGAUACAAUUUAACCCUUUCAUGAGUUAGUAUGUAUAUAUCUCUUCCUUUUAUGUCAAGAAUAUAAAGAGAAUAAAUAGGAUUUAUGAUCCCAGUUUCCACCAUAAUUUGUGGGUUUGAGUGCUCUGUGCACAAUAGAGACCUUAGUCCUCAAGAUACAUAAUUAUGUUCCAGUAAAAUUAUCUCCUCACCCACAAGCCACAGCUCAGCUUGACAAGGCACUUGUUCAUUUCCUUGAAAAUUGUGCUGUUAAUAGCCAAAGGUAAAACAAAUAUAAUUACAUUGAUUUGAGUGAUAGCUGUAUAAAAUAAGGAAGGCUCAUUGGGGUCUAAAAUAUUGUCAACAUCCCGUUCGACUCUGCCAUAAUACAACGUAGCGAAUUCCCCUUACCCAUACAGUACAAACUUCUGAGUUUUUUUUGUUUUGUUUUUCUAAGUACUGUACUGUUUAUAAUAUUUAAGUAUUUUAAAAAGGUGAUUUGUGUCUUUUUGUAACCUGGUGAAUACGGCCUUUAUAAAUGUACUCAUUCAUGAAAGGGUUAAAACCAUUGGGGCUAAUUCCUGUUCACAUUUGUAGGAAUUUAACUAAAAAGUUGUUCUUUUGAGGACAAAUGGUAUUACUGUAAUAAUUUUAAUUACACACAAAAACUAAGUUAUGUUUAACGGUGUAUGGGCAUGUUUCCUCGCCAUAUUCUGUAUACAGCUCCUCCCCGACUUACGACCUACUUGACUUACGACCUGCCUCGGUUGUACCAAAAUUUUGUCAAAUUACUUAUUUUUGAGUCCUAACGUCAGUACACAGAGAAAAUUUUCGUUU